AUGUCUACGAACAACUCUGAAAAGAAUGAUACAGGACAGCCUCCUAUUCUGACAGAACCAUCUUCCAGCCAACUACUACGUCAACAACCACCGCCACAACCGCCACCGCAACCAGCAGUGGCACCUCAAGUGAACCAAACCAUAGUAGCUGAUGACGGCCAACAAUGUUCAAAUUGCGGUACCACUAAAACACCUCUAUGGAGAAGAGCACCCGAUGGAACACUAAUCUGUAAUGCGUGCGGAUUAUACCUUCGAUCUAAUAAUUCCCACAGACCAGUGAACUUGAAACGACCGCCAAAUACAAUUGCCGUUGCAAAAGAAGAAGAAGGUUCAUGUAAGGGAGAUGGGAGAUGUAAUGGUACUGGCGGCUCAGCAGCCUGUAAAGGCUGUCCCGCAUUUAAUAAUCGAGUCGUUGCUAAAAAGGCAUUGGAAAAACCACAUGAUCUGAGUGCGAACAACAGCACAAACAACAGCAACAACAGCAGCAGCAAAAACAACAACAAUAGCAACGACUCCCGCCAGAACAACAACCCUGGCGGCGGGGGGUCACGAGAAAACGACAAACGGGGACAAGAAGAUGAAAACUCACUUGCUAUAGCAUGCUACAACUGUGACACUACAAUUACACCCUUGUGGAGAAGAGACGAUGCCGGCAACACGAUAUGUAAUGCAUGUGGACUUUUUUACAGAUUACAUGGCUCACAUCGUCCAAUAAAGAUGAAGCGUGCCACGAUCAAGAGAAGGAAGAGAAAUUUCUCAGAAGGCAAGUCCUCUCAUGAUGCAAAACUCACGAAAAACUCACCUGUUGUUGAAUCAACGACGUUGUCAAGUCCACCGCUGACAGCUCCUUCGCCAGUGGUGGGCGCCUUGACUCAAGACUCAUCAGCAUUCAAUAGGCUACCGCUGAUUCAAUACUCGCUCCCUUUCCAGCGGCAAGGAAUGGCUGCUGCCAAUUUGCAUUCAUCGACUUCACCACCUCCUCCUCCUCCAACGAUGGCACCAUCUGUUUACCCCAAGUAUAGUGGCAGCGGCCGACUUCCAAAUGGCCCGGGCCCAGUUCCCGGUCCACCACCUCCACCAGCACCAGCUCCUUCAAUGGCUCCUGCUCAGAACAGCUACCAUAUACCCCAUCAACACCACCCGCAAUACUUGUAUCAAUCUCUACCACAGCCAAUAAACAUCCCGCCCAUAAACUUUGUUCCGGGUACGACAUUACCACCGAUUAAUCUACAAGCAAGGACAACGUCAACAAAUGCCAUCGGUGGUAUGGAGAGGUCAAGUAGGGAACUGACACCAUUGGCUAUUGACUUUACAGCAACAUACAAACGAGAAAGUAGUGUUGUAUCUGCUGAUGUUGAUGAUAGUGAACGCUUGCCAGAGCCAGGUUCAAACAUCCCUACGAAUAAGCUGAAACUGAAGGAGACGAAACGAAAAUUCACCAUUGGAGGCUUGCUUAAUAACUGA